AUGGCCGAAGCGGCGCCCCAAGCGGCAGCCGUCGAAAAAGUGACGGUAAUGCUUCGAACCGUUGGCGAUGCGCCGAUUUUGAAGCAGAAAAAGUUCACCGUCGACCCGUCGAAAACGGUCGCCUGGUUCUCUGGGGUGAAUAGUCAUCAUUUAAGGGAAUUCUAGCUAUUUUUUUAAAAUUAUUUAUGGUUUCCUUGGAUAUUAGUUGAUUUUUCAAGUAAGCUGUUUCUUUGGUAUGGUUUAAUUUCAAGAAAGAGGCUAGAAAUCAAUUUUUGUACCAUUUUGAAACAAUUUUGGCGUGAUUUACAAGCUUUUCUCAUUGGAUUACAUAGAUAAAAUUUUUUAGUUCCAGUUAGAUUUAUUUUUUAUCAUUUUGAACUGUUUCUGCUUAAUAUUGAGCCAUUGGUUGUGAAAUUUUUGAAACGAGAAGAUUAUUUACAGUUAUCUAUUUCUUCUAAGCUUGAUAUGGUGUUUUGACGUAAAAUUUUUCGUUUUUUUGGAAGAUUCUAAGAAUUUUUUUGAAUGAUUCAAAAGUUUAUAAAAAAAUAUUUUUUUCAGCGAGUAAAAUAAUUUACGAUUUUUUUGAAAAAAAUUUUUGAAGAUUUUACAAAGAAUUAACUAAUUAGAAAUUCGAGACCUGAUUCGUACGGUUUUGAACAGAUUUCUGUGUAUUUCCAUACAUUUUUCUCUUCCAGGUGAUCCGAAAAAUGCUCCAAUUGCCGCAGGAAAAAUCGCUCUUUUUUCUACGUCUCUCAGACUUUUUCCCCUUCGCCCGAUCACACCUUUGGGGUUGGUUUUUUUGAAAAUGUUGUCCUCUUGAAGAUAUUCUGAAAGGAUAAAUUUUUUUACGUAGGAAAAUAAAAAAAAUAAAAAGGAUAAAUUUAGGGAAAAAAAGGGAAAAAAAUUGAUUUUUUUGUUAAAUUUUAAUCAUUUCAAUAUUUUUUUCUAAUGGUAUUUUUAAUUAUCUACGAUAGAGAAAAUUAAAUAAAAUGUAUUUCAUAUUUUUUUAAAAUCAAGGCUUUUUUUCAGUUUAGAUUCGUGCUCUUUUUCAACAUCGAAAAAAUAUCCUUUUUUCGAAAAAAUUUGACUUUUUUCCUCUUUUUUCUAUUCUGCAAAAGUUGAGGAUCAUAGGAAAUUCAUUAAUUUUGCUGAAUUUUUUUUCAAUAUGCCUAUUUUCAUUAAAUUUCCAAGUAUUUCAGGUUCUACGCGAAUGUUACGGCGUCAAGAAUGUCGAUGGAAAAGACGAUCAUCUGGUACUACAUUAUAGUACGACGCAAGCUUGGGGCUGAUCUUUACUAGAAAUUUUAUUCCUUUUCUUCCUUUCCUUAAUGAUUUUCACUUAUUUUUACUUAUGAACUUGGAUUUGAUUCAUACGUAGGCUGACCCACGUCUUAGGAAAUUCGCAUCUGUAGAGUGGUCCCUACAGGGGGCAACCUUAAGGAUAGAAGCCGCUGAAGCUUGCAAAAAUGGUCCCUAUAGUGUUUUUAUUUAGUGGCUCUUAUAGGGGACAUGCUAAUCGAUGAUUUUCGCGAAGAAGAACCACUUCCAUGCGAAAAAUUGAAUGAAUAAGCGUUUUUUUUUUUAAAGUUCAAAGACCCCUAUGGGGUUCACUUGAGAUUUAUGGGCUCUGGGGUCAGACCCUAAACCCCUAUAGGGACCACCUUUUUCGACCCCUAUUGAAGCUGUUUUUCUCCGAGCCCCUAUAGGGACCACUCUGAAAUUUCUGAGGUUAUUUUCGCUCAAGUGGUCCCAGCCCGCGUAUGAUUUUAUUUAUUUAUAUGAUUUUAUCUUUGUCCAUACCAUCCUGCUUACAGAACCUUUAGAUCCCCAAUUAGUAAAUGGCUAGUUUUCAAAAGAAGAAAAUAUAUAAGAACAUUGUAAAGCUUGAAAUUUUAUAAUGCGUAAGUUCUUUGAUUUUUUUUGUACAAUUUUUCCAACAUUUUCCUCAAAACUGGAUUUUUGUGUAUAGUUUCCUAUGUUUUCUUGCAUUUUUCUGUCAAAUUUUUUUUUGCCCAGUCUUCAAACAGUUUUUUCAACGUGUGUGACCUUUUAUGGGUAUCUGUUUCACUAUAUACUUUUUGAAGCUUGUUUAUAAAUCAAUUGUAAAUAUUUUCAGAAUGUCAAUAAGAUGUUAAUUUGCAUUGAAAUUUCUGAACUUGAGAAGGAAUAUUUUUCCAAUCGGAAUAUUUUUUCAGAUUUUGAAAGUCGCAUGGAAACGAAGGUCGUCCCGAGAAAGGUUGGAUUUUCAUAUUUUUUUUUUUUUUUAUCGGUUUGAGAGUUCCAUGUUAGAAUUUUAAGGUUGAAAGAAACGUUAAAAGCUUUUUAAAAAAUUGAAAAAAUUAUUUUUUAAUGCUUUAUGUGAGGUAAAGUCUGAAAAUGAGCCUCGAAGCUUCGGAAUCGUUCAAACUAUCGUUUUUGUAGUGGUUUUCCGAUUUUUAGAAACCACUUUUUCUAGAUAUUUUUAACAAUUUAGAAGCAUUCAGAGUUAAGUGAAAGAUUUUUUGACUUCUUUUGAAUCUUCAAAAUUGAAAAAAGUAGGUUUUUAAUCAACCCAUCAGGUUUCAGAAUUGAAAGGAGUUUAGAAAAGGUUUUUUUUCGAAUAUUUUCGUUUUUGAAGUCAAAAGAGUUAUUUUUGAGUUUUUGAGCUAAGGCUGGAGGUAGCAAAUUUAUGAAGGAAAAUACAAUUUUAAAAAUAAAAAGUAAAUUUGAAAAAGAUCAUUUUUUAAACUUUUUUUUUCAAUUUUUUUUUUUAAGAAAAUACCAUGGUUUUUCAUCAUAAUUAUUAUUUUAACAUUUCACUAUAGGUAAAAAAACGAAAUAAACCUUUUUUUCAAACGAAAGUUUGGCAUUUUUUUCAAAUCUUUGAUCGUUAUAGCUAAUUUUUCAUAUUUUUUUAUCAUUUCCCUAUAAUAAUUAUGAAUUUUUAGAGCGAGAAUUCAUCAUUUUUACACGAAAAUACGUUACUUUAACAUCAAAAAAACUACAAUUCUUCGAGCAAAAUGAAGAGAUUUCAUGGAAAUUUUUCUCUAUUUCAUUAUUUUUCGUUCGAUACAAAGAUAUUUUUCCACUUAUUUCACCAAUUCUCAACAGAUCGUGGACGAAGCCGCCGAGAAAAGUGGAGAAUCAGAAGGCGAAUAUGAAGAAUUCGACGAGGAAGACGAAGAUUUUGAUGCGGACGAUGAUCAGCCGCCGGUCAUAGAACCAGAACCACGCGGGUUUCAAGAGCAAUUUGGUCAGUUUUCAUUAAUUUUUAGGGAAAAACGGGAUGGAAAAUGGUCUUUGAAUCGAAUUAUAGUGAUUUUUCUGGCGUUGAAAUGAGGCUUCUAUUUUUUCGAAAGAGCAGCGAAAAAUUCAAGUUCUAAUUGGUUAAAAAUGAAUAUAUUUUUUUCUCGAUUUUUUUCAGUUAUACUUUUUCGAAAUCACGACAAGAAAGUCAUUAAACAUGUUUUUUUGAAUAAUGGAUUAGCCUAAAAAGUUCCAAAAAGUACUUUUUGAAUUUUUUUCACUUUUCAAACUUUUUUUGACAGCUAUUGGAUCAGUUUUUCUAAGUUUUUUUGAAGAAAAAUGAGCUAAAAAUUUUUUUGAUAGCUUUUUUUAUCCACUUAGAAUUUGUAUAUUUGCUGAUUUUUUUGAGUUGGAAUUGAAUUCUUAGGCUUUGAAAUAUGUCUGUAGUAAUUUCCAUCGAUAUUUUUCCAUAUUGAAAACUUUAAAUUUGUGUUUUAGAUGGCUUUUUUAUGUUUCGAUAAAUUCAGGAAGCAGAUAAAUCAUUUUUGAUCGAUUUUCUUUUUUUCUUGUUCUGUAGAUCUAUCUUGAUUUCAUAUAUUCAAUUUUUUUUUUCAGCCUGAAGCUUUGAAUGAUAGAUUUUUCACACUUUUAUAUAUUUUUUUCCCAAAUUGUUUCCCUUUAUGUUUCAAGAAUAUUGAAAAAUAAAAAGAGCUGAAGUUUAAUUAAAAUUAACCUUUUCUAAUAUAUAGCGGAAUGUCGUUCGGUCAAAUUUCAAGUCGUGACACACAGACUAUACGUCUUUUAACUGAAAGAGAUAUAUAACCUCUGGAUUACAAUCUAUUUUCUAUUUUUCAGAACCUCAACCUUCCUCUUCUACGGCAAAAGAUGUCGAAGAGGUGAAUUCGGCUCAGUUCGAGGAGAAUUACGUCGAAACCCACGGCGAACCGAUCGAUUUCUAUGGCGAAGAAAGUUUGUACUUUUUAUCGGGUAUUCAAAAAUAACUAUAUAAAUGAUUAUAUAUCAGAUAUAUAUAAUAAACUAUCCUUCAUUCAGUGACAGCUUUUUCCUUUUUUUCGUGUUGCAAAAAGACCGUAUAUGCAGUACCGUCAGAAAAGUUACAACAAAAGCGAUUUCGGUCACAAAUUUCUUGUAAGGAAUCCAAUCCUCCGGAAUAUAACCUCUCCCUUUUUCCAACAGUUCUUGAGCCUUUAUUCUAGAAAAAUUGAAAGGCUCGAUGAAGGAACCGUUUUUGCUGCCUUACUGCGGCCUUUUUGCUGCCUUUUUGCUGCCUUUCUGCGGCCUUUUUCGGGCCUCUCCCUUUCAGCGUCCAUUAUCCACCAUUCCGACUUUGCCCGAGUAUCAACUUCAUUAUUUUAUUCAAAACCUGAAAGCUAUGAAAUUUCUUCCUAAGGACUGUCUAGAUGAAUGUUCAUGUUUUUAGGCCGCCGCAGUAUUUUUUACUUCACAAUGGAAGGAUUUCCGACACCUCAACAAGAAAAGAUAAAAUCAUUCGUUUACUGAAUAUUCCUCGAAAAAAUUGUUUGAAAAGGAAUUAAUCGAUCUUUAAAUCAUCAAUGAAACGUAUAUCACACCUCAACCUUUUAAGAGCAUAUCUUCCUUCCAUUCGAUAUAAAAUGAAUCGUUACCCCCCUAGAAAAAAAUCUCAUUGAGGGACUGUCUAAACGGUUAAAAAAUGAUAAGUUUUUAGGCCUCAAAAGAACUUUUCUAAUCAAAAAGUUUCUUUCUGUGAACUGAAACUUCAUCAAGGUGUUAAAAGUAACAGUGAUUCUAGCUUCAGAAAGUUUCAGGAAGAUUAAAUUCCUUACAAGAAAGUUGUGGAAAAAAAAUCUUGCUUUUUACUGUCUUUUUUGUGUAUUUCUUAAAAUACUGACUUUUUCAUUUUUUAUCAAUGGAAGGAGUAUAGUCUGUUCAGAUUUUUAAUGUCAAGUGCAAUGACGUCAUUCAAAAACACUCUGUAGAUGGCUCGCUCUCUGAUUGGUUUAUCGCACCAUUAGGGGCGGAGCUUGAGCGACGACUUGACAUUCAAAAUCUGAACAGACUAUGUCACUCUCUGCACUCUCCAUGAAGAAUGCAGUCUUUUAUUUUUCAAAUGACCGUGUCAGGACCCAUUUUUCGACGUCUUAAGCCAAUCGGCUCCAUAGCCCAUUCCGCGCCAGCUCUUCACAGAUUUUUAUUCUCCUCCGAGCCCUUCCUUUUGUUGUCUCUUGUCAUGCGCAUUAGCCUAAUAUUUCCGUUUUAUUAAAGGCGCAUGCCUAGAGAUAGGCCGCGCACAUCGAACGGAACAGUUCUGUAGCUCGGAAAAAAGCGUGACGAGCUGGCGCGGAAUGGGCUAGGACUGAAUCUUUCAUUUUUAUCAACAACAACCGCAUUUCCUCAUUCUUAUUUGUACUAUUUUUUUUCCCAGCAAUCGCCAUAACCACCACGUCACGGAAUGAUAUGGUUCACGUGGGGCCGAUUUGUGUGGUCUGCGGCAGGACGGAAAGCGAAAAAAUUCGAUUAUUCAAGUGGCCCAAGAGUCCCGAGCUGAGGGCCAAGUGGUGGGUUUUCAAGUAGAAAAAUGGAGAAUUUUUGAAAUAUCGUCUCUAAAAUUGAAAGGAAGACUUCCAGUAUUUUCUUUUUAAACGCUUAAAAAAAUCUUAGAAUCAGCUUUUUUUGGUUGAAAUGGACGAAAAUCCUAAAAUCUGCUCAUGAAAUUUUUUUUAAAAGUUAUUUUUCAAAGUUGUCAAGUUUUGAUCAUUAAAAAAUUCAUUCAUUCUGCAAAAAAAUAAUUUGUUGGAGCCAAAAGCAAAGUCUGAAAAAAUAAAGUAGAAACAAGAAUCAGAUACAGAAGUGUAGGAAAGCUUUGUGAAGCUUGAAAGUUCCUGACUUAUUAAAGGCGCAUGCAAAGAGGCACGUCGGGCGCAUCGAAACGAAGCCUCAUGAAAGGGUUCUGUAGCUCAGAGGAAAAAGAAAAUCAUGAUAAUUUGGCGCGGAAUGGUCAUAUACCUGAUUCACGGCUGUCUUGAGCCAUCGAAAAACGGGUCCUGACACGAUAAUGCACGAGAUAGCGCCUGGCUCGUGGAGAGCGCAGACAGGACACGUCCCCUUAGCGUCCCAAGCUGGCCGUGAAUCAGCUAUACUUUGACAAUCAAGAAAAUCUUUUAAAAUCACGCUCUCCAGGAUCCGAUUCUUCAAAAUGAAACCAGCCGCCGUGAACGCGCCCAGCAGCGUGUACAUCUGCUGCUUUCACUUCCUCGCCGAAACCUUCAUCAUGGUCGAGAAUCGGAUCUUCUGGAAGGCGACCGCAAUGCCCAAAUAUCGCCUCCGAAGGCCCUGCAUCACUGAGUCGUUCCCCUGGGAAGCCCAGUACAAGGUGAAACGUGUUGGGAAUCAAAAUAUGUUUUCCUGAAAGACAGAGAAAAGCGGAUUCUAAUGGUAUACUUCAACCAGAGGUAGCUCUUCUUGGAUCAAAGUUAUGGGCUUUUGAAGUUGGAAAAUUUAGGCGUAAAUCUGAAAAUUUUGUCCGAAACUCCUAUUUUGAAUCAAUUUUGAAACAUUUCAUGCCAUAGUCCUGUUCAAAACGCUAUAAAAUUUGAUAAUUCAGCUUAAUGAUUAUAAUAAUUCAGAAUAUGCUAGAUCAUCCAAUUUUUCAGGCCCCGGCAAUACGAACCACCGCCGCUCAGAACACUGUAGAGUACAAAAUUCGCUACCGUAUGCCCUACAGUAAGCACAAGGUUUGAAAAAAAAAAACAAACGGAAAAAAGCCAUGAAACUUUUACAGAGCAGAAACUCGCACGAGGUUGCAGUUCUGUCACCGGCCGCCCAUCCGCAUUUGUUCUACGAGUUUUCCUAUAACCGUACAACAGUUCAAAAUACCAAGUUUUAUGCUUGUCUGACGUGUCGAAGAGCCAAAAUUGAUAGUGAGUUUUCUUCUUGAAAAAAAGGGCAAAAAUGGAGAAAAUUUGUCUCUUUUCGUGGAAUAAAAUGCAUUGUCCGCAAUGACGUAGUGUUUGCGGACUUGGAGCGCAAUGCCACGCGCAAAUUUAUUCAUUUGAAAUUUUUGGAGGGAAAAAUUGUUUUUCUUUUCGUUGUCGUCGGUUUUUUUCAUAUUUUUGUUUUUUUUUUUGUGGUUUACUAUAGUCUGUUCAGAUUUUGAAUGUCAAGCAGCUAACUCCACCCCCCAAGGCUACAAUAUCUUUCGCGUCAAUGUUUUAUCUACAUAUGCCAAUGGCCCUUUAAUAAGGCUGCUUUUUUGACCUCUUUUUCUAUCUUUUAGAUCGAAAAAGAUCAAAAUUAGUCCCGCGAGAUGAAACAUCGACGCGAAAAGGUACCGUCUCAGCAGGGGCGGAGUUAGCUGGUUGACAUUCAAAAUCUGAACAGACUAUAGAGGUUUUCGAGACAGAAGAGUUGUCAGAAAUCGAAACACGUCACAUUUUUUUCAAAAAAAUCUUAUUUUCCAGGCGGCAUCCGAGAUGUGAUUCGGACGAUUCAUCUUGACGGUGUAAAGUUGUUGAGCAAAGGAGAUCCCUUCAGUGGCCACCAUUUCGCUUGUCGACCUCACAAUGCUUAUGAUUAUAAGUUGGUAUUCUUUUUUCUUUUUUUUUUGUUGUACAUUGAUUUAGCAUAAUAUCGCUAAUUUUUUCUGUUUUUCAGAGCUUCCUGGAGAGUUCCAUUGGCGUCGAGUUAUGAAGCGGAACAGGAGAUUGUCUACGUCGAUGAAGGCGGAAUGCCGAUCGUUUGGGAUGAUGCUGAGUGUUCGUUUUUUAAAAAUAUACGUUUCAAGGAAGAUAUUGCAGUUUUUUCGAGAUAAAAAUUGAAAAGUUGAAGUUUUUCCAUGUUUUGGAUUCCAAAUUGACCGGUUUCAGCCAAAAUCUAUAUAGUAAAGAGGUGUUAAAAAGUUCUGCCUAUUUAUAGCUCUAAAAAUUUUUUUAAUUUUUGAGACAGUUUGAAUGGAUUUUUUUGUUCAGUGAAAAUGUUUUGAGUUACAUUAUUUUUCCUUGAAGAGUAGUGGGAAAUUAUAUUUAUAAGAGAAUCCUUACUAGAAUUCUAUGCAAAUGUAGCUUCUUUUAUCGCAAAAAGGAAAUUUCAGAUAAAUAUUUGAAAAAAAUUUCUGGAAAAGUUUCCAACUGAAACUUGGCUAUUACAGAAUCUGUGAAUUUCUUAAAUUUGAAAAAGAAAGUUUCAGGCGAACCCGAAGACCGAGCCGAGGACAUCCGCAUCCUCGAAUAUCACCACGAAGAGCCGCCCCCUGAAGAAAUGAUGCUGGAUCCUCAUGAGCACGAGGUCGCGGAAGUGCUCGUCGUAGAUCAUCAGAUGAAGUCCGAAGGCGACGAGAUGUACGCCCAUCUGCAGCCGCUCCAAGAAGCCGGCCCCUCUCAAGCCGUCGAUGAACUCCCGCAGACCAUCCUGGCCCCAGAACCUGCUGAUGUGGUGCGUAGGAAAAUGAGGAGAAAUGCUCCUUUGGAACUUAUUUGCUGAUUCACAGCAAAAAGGCGUGGCCUGUCUGAGCUCUCCACUCUCUCUUUUCCUAUCUUGUCGAGCCAGCUUUUCUCCUCAGCAAGAAUUUUCCGCUGCGAUUUAGCCAGUUAUUUCGAGUGUAUUUUGCCAAUAUCUCAAUACUGCCUUUUCGCCUUUCUAGCAACACGUCAGAUACUCUGUAUAGAUCACUUUUGUUUUGAAAAAAAAGUAUUUCUUUUUCAAAUGAAAAAAAAACGGAAAUUUGAAAUUUGCGCGUGACAAGUUGCUUUGUCUGCAAACACCGUGUCAUUGCGGACAGUGAAUUCAAUUCUCCGACAAAUAAUUUUUUUGCUCAUUUUAUUGUGGAUAGGUUCACAAGAAAAUGUGUAUCUGUAAAUAGUUUUUUUCUGUGGUCUUUUAAUGGCACGAAAAUCGCAAAAAGUCCAAAAAAAGCAUGGAAAUGAAUUUUAGCUUCAAAAUCUUAAUCUCUGCGCCUUUAAAACUCACAGCCGGGAACCUUGAGAAAAUUUUCGAAAAUUAGAACAACUCUCGUUAUAUCUUCUAUAUUUUCAUUCCUGUGUUGCCUAAAUCAAUAUUUUUCAGGAGUUCUACGAGUACAAGCAAGAUGAACCUUCUGAAGGAAAGCCGUUGGCAAAACGACCAUGUCUCGAUUCGGCGACGGAGAAAAGUAACCACUUGAGGGUCCACUGGAGGUGUCAGCUGUGUCCCGAGGAAUUUUCGGUGACCACCGAAUUUAUCGUCCACCUUCAGUGGCACGUUGAACAGGAGAUCGACUGUCGAGUCUGCGGGAUCAGGUGAUUUUGAAAGAUUUUUGUACUUUUUUUGCUGAAAAAAAAUUGUUCCUCUUCAAAUAAUAUUGCCUUGUAGGUUUUUUUCUUAUGUGCCUGAUAUAUUUGCAAGUUUUGUACGAUUUUUUUUUCAGAAUUUCUGUCGACGAGGACCCCAAACACAUGCAAGAAGGAAUUUGCCCGAAAUGCUUUAAUGAACUGCCUUUCGUCUAG